AAAAAGUUUCAAAGAUUAAGAAGAUUCAAACUAUGUGUUUGAGGUCAGAGUCUCUUCCACGCUUUCCUCUAAGACCAGAAGAUAAGAUAGGAGAAACUUCACAAAAUGCCUCUAUCCUAAAGUGCACGAGGGAGUCUACUUUUGGUGUAGAGGAGGAAACAGAGGAGUCCUACAACGGAAAGGUCUAUCUCCAAUACCUAACAAAAGAACCCAGCAAGGAACCUGAUUAUGAUGAGCUAGCGGACUUUGUCGAAUGCAAGCCUGGGAAGGAUUAUUGCAGAUGGUUGAAAGAUAAAGAAAGAUACCGAAAGUGGAAAUCAAAGAAAAUGGCAGUUGUGAGGUGGAAAAAAAGAAGGAUGACUUGGAAACUUAUGGUACAGAAUAAAGCUUAGUUGUCAGAAAGGAAGGAAAUCAAUGGAGCAACUUUUUAUUUAUUUAUAGUUGUGAUACCCAACAAUCAAGACUUCAAAAGUUUUUG